UGCUGCAGUACGUAGAGCAGGAGAACCACUUGCUGGCUGCCAGGAAAGCAUUUGACAGAUUUUUCACACAUUAUCCAUAUUGCUAUGGAUAUUGGAAAAAGUAUGCAGACCUUGAAAAGCGACAUGACAACAUUAAACAGUCUGAUGAGGUACGUUGGUAGCUGGAUAUAGCUAUCACCAUUUGGUCCUGUAAGCCAAAUGAUGACUAAACCACUGCAAGUCAUUUUGGCUGCCAGUACCUACCAUAUAUGGUCAGAUUUAUAGGGAUUUUGUUUGCAUUUGUCACUUUUUUUUGUGGCAUUUGUAGCUAAUAUUUUCUCUCUUUGUUGGCAGGUGCGUUAAACCUCUACAGUUUGUCAAGCUUUGCAGUGCAAGCCUCUGUAUUACACUGCAGCUUAACAAGUAGGGCAGGGCUUUUCUGUCACUUACAUUUAUUUCUCAUUUUCAAAACAAUAUAGUUGGUUUGCUGGUCACAAUUGCUACAUCUUAUUGCAUUUUUGGUCAGACGCUGUCAAUGAUGCUCUAAUGGGUCUGUGCCCUAUGGUCUGUACCCCAAAGCCUGCCCACACAACCUGGUCAGAAUGCAGGGACCGCUGCGCUUUGAAGAUCAAGACUCUGCACGUGGAGAUCAGAACAUUGCCAUGUUCUAUCCAACCUCCACCCAAAUGGUAUAUCGGAGAGGGCUACAGGCAAUACCUCUUAGUGUUGAUCUUUGGAUACAUUAUAUAAACUUCUUAAAAGAGACACUGGAUCCUGUUGACCCUGAAAUUAAUAAUACCGUAAGAGGAGCCUAUGAACAUGCAGUCUUAGCUGCAGGGACAGAUUUCCGCUCUGACAGACUAUGGGAAAUGUAUAUAAAUUGGGAAAAUGAACAGGGCAACCUACGAGAAGUUACAGCUAUAUAUGAUCGUAUCCUGGGGAUUCCAACGCAGCUUUAUAGCCAUCAUUUCCAGAGGUUUAAAGAAUACAUACAAAAUAAUUUGCCUCGAGACCUUCUAACUCCUGAGCAGUUUAUUCAGCUGCGCCGGGAAUUGGCGUCUGUCAAUGGCCAUAGUGGGGAUGAUGCACCACCCGGAGAUGACCUUCCUACUGGAAUUGAGGACAUAACUGACCCUGCAAAGCUAAUCACUGAAAUAGAAAACAUGAGACAUAGAAUCCAAGAGAUUCAUCAAGAAAUGUUCAAUCACAAUGAACAUGAAGUCAGCAAGAGGUGGACCUUUGAAGAAGGAAUAAAACGACCGUACUUCCAUGUAAAACCUUUGGAGAAAGCCCAGUUGAAAAACUGGAAAGAAUACUUAGAGUUUGAGAUAGAAAAUGGGACUCACGAGCGCGUUGUAGUCCUCUUUGAAAGAUGUGUUAUUUCAUGUGCCCUCUAUGAGGACUUCUGGAUUAAGUAUGCCAAGUAUAUGGAGAAUCACAGUAUUGAAGGAGUGAGACAUGUCUACAGCAGGGCCUGUACAAUACAUCUUCCUAAGAAACCAAUGGUUCAUAUGCUAUGGGCUGCCUUUGAAGAACAGCAGGGGAACAUCAAUGAAGCAAGAAGAAUUUUGAAAACAUUUGAAGAGUGUGUUCUGGGACUUGCAAUGGUUCGCUUGCGAAGAGUUAGCUUAGAGCGCCGACAUGGAAACAUGGAAGAAGCUGAACACCUGCUUCAGGAAGCUGUUAAGAAUGCUAAAUCAAGCAGUGAAUCGUCAUUUUAUGCCAUCAAACUAGCUCGACAUCUUUUCAAAGUUCAGAAGAACCUUCCAAAAGCAAGAAAAGUGCUGUUGGAAGCCAUUGAGAGAGACAAAGAGAACACUAAAUUGUAUCUCAACUUACUUGAAAUGGAGUAUAGUGGGGAUCUUAAGCAAAAUGAAGAAAACAUCCUCACAUGUUUUGACAAAGCUGUCAAUGGUGCAUUGUCUAUAAAAAUGAGGAUUACAUUUUCUCAACGAAAAGUGGAAUUUCUGGAAGAUUUUGGUUCUGACGUCAACAAGCUUUUGGAUGCCUAUGAUGAACAUCAAACACUUCUAAAAGAGCAGGAUUCUUUAAAAAGGAAAGCUGAAAAUGGCUCGGGGGAACCAGAUGAGAAGAAAGCACAUACAGAUGAUGUGACGUUGGCAUCUACCCAAAUGAUGGAUGGAGACAUGCAAGCUAAUCAGGCUGCAUAUAAUUAUAAUGCAUGGUAUCAGUACAACUACCAGAAUGCAUGGAAUUAUGGACAGUAUUAUGCACCCCCUCCAACCUGAUCAGAAGAGAGACUGGAGUUCAUUGUGGUGUUUCAGCAAAGAUGGAGUAUGGAAAAUAUAUUUUUUUAAAUUAGGGAUGUGAACAAAUGAACUAUUGUAAUACCUGCAGUUUUGUCUUUUUGCAUGUGAAACGAGCCCAUGUUCACAGGGUACGUGAAGCAAGAUUUGUGUGUUAGUAGAUACAUCGAUCGCUGUACACUGCUAGUUACCAUAAAUGCAACUUUAUUUCCCACACUAACUUAUGGAAAAAUUAUCUGGAGGCUUUUUUUGUUCUGUUGUUUUGAGUCAGCAUUGCUUCAGUAGGUAUUUUUAAAUCCUUCAAGCUACAAUCUUCUUUUAAGCAAUGAGGAAAUUCUGAUGUCCAGUGUUUGUCACAGUAGCCAAUACAGGAGAUGAACGGUAUGGAAAGGUCUAUGAACAUGAGCAGCCCCCUUUAAUUUUUUUCAUCUUUACCUGCUCUCCUCUUCACCAUCCAAAAACCUCAUUUCCUACCUGGCUCCCCCUGUGAAAUUUUUCAUGGUCCCAGUGAGCAGUGCCCUAAUGAGUCUGUUUAUUGCCAUGAUCAUAACAUUUGAAAGUUGUGUAUUUUAUAUUUUACAUGGGGUCACAAAUUAAAUGUAGUGCAAAAUGGUUGCAUCCCUUUUUUAAAAAGGCACUGAAACGAUGGUGUUUGGGGUGGAUGUUUGUAAUUUAGAAUUCUCAUGUACAAGUUGUGAGUAAACUUUUUCAUUUUGAUUAAAGUGAUCAUUCUCUUUUGUAAUAAAACCAAGGAAUUCAGUAA